CUCCCCGAACCUCUCACGGCUCCCUUCUCCUCCCCCCAGAGGAUCCUGCCGGGCCCCUCCCGGGCGGAAGAGCGGAAGAGAUGGCCCCUCAGGGGUCCGUGACCUUCCAGGACGUGGCCGUGGACUUCUCCCCGGAGGAGUGGCGGCAGCUGGGCCCUGCCCAGAAAGAGCUGUACCGGGAGGUGAUGCUGGAGAACUACCGGAACCUGGCGGGCCUGGGCUUUGUGACCACCAAGCCAGAUGUCAUCUCUCAGUUGGAGCAAGGGGAGGCACCUUGGCUACCUGAAGGUCAGUUUCCAAGAAGCAGCUGCCCAGAUUCAAACCCUAGGCUUCAAAUCAAAGAGUCAGCUCCAAAGUUUGACCUUAAGGUGCAAGAAUCAAUCAAGAAAAGACUCUUGAGACAUGCCCCUUGGAUCUUGAUGUUGGGGAGAGGCUGGGAUUGUUAUUCAAGGCUGAAGGAGAAGCAGAAUAAGAAGAAUCAACAUUUAAGACAAAUAAAAGUCACUAGAAGGAAAUCCCCUAAUGAAAUGAGUGUCCAUGAAUAUAAAAAUGACAAAAGCUCUAGACUACAGACACAGAAGCAAUUUUUUGUAGGAAAGAGUCUUCUUCGUAAAUAUAAUAGACAGAAAAAGAGCUUCAGAAAAUAUUCAGAUGUAAGACAAUAUAAAACUUGUUUAAAGAAAAUAUUUUCUAAUGACAAUAAAUGUCAGAAAUCCUUUAGCUAUGACUUUGAUUAUAUUGAAAAUCAUAAAGUACAUACAGGAAAGAAAUUUUCUGAUUGUAAUGAAUGUGGGAAAACUUUCCCCCAGGACACUGAACUGAACCUUUACCAGAAAAUUCACAAAGGAGAAAAGAUUUAUGAAUGCACUGAGUGCAGAAAGGCUUUCCAAAAGAAUUCAUAUCUUAGGAAACAUCAGAAAAUUCAUAGUGAAGAGAAACCUUAUAAAUGCGAUGAAUGUGGGAAGGCGUUUCACUGGAGAUCGCAGCUUACUGAACAUCAGAGAAUUCACACUGGUGAGAAACCUUUUGUAUGUAAUGAAUGUGGGAAGGCCUUCCUAAGGGGCUAUGAAAUCAUUCGACAUCAGAGAAUACAUAUUGGAGAAAAAUCUCAUGAAUGUAGUGAAUGUGGUAAGGUCUUUCGCCGGGCUUCAUGUUUUAUAAAACAUCAGAGACUUCAUUCUGUAGAGAAAAUACAUAAAUGCAGUGAAUGUGGGAAGGCCUUCCACUGUACUUCACAUCUUACUGAACAUCAGAAAACUCACUCUAGAGAGAAGCCUUAUAUGUGUAAUGAAUGUGGAAAAGCUUUCCUCCGGGCCACUGAACUUACUCGACACCAGAGAAAACACAUUGGGAGAAAACCCUAUGAAUGCAAUGUUUGUGGAAAGACGUUCCAGCAGAAUUCAUACCUUCGAAGACAUCAGAGAAUUCAUACAGGAGAGAAACCUUUUGAAUGUAGUGAAUGUGGAAAAGCUUUUCUCCGUUCCACUGGACUUACUCGACACCAGAGAACACAUACUGGAGGAAAACCUUAUGAAUGCAAUGAAUGUGGGAAAGCCUUCCGCCAAAAUUCAUACCUUAUAGUUCAUCAGAGAAUUCAUACUGGAGAGAAACCUUAUGAAUGUACUGAAUGUGGGAAGGCCUUUGUCCGGAGCACUAAUCUUAGUCAGCAUCAGAAAACCCAUACUGGAGAAAAACCUUACAAAUGCAAUGAAUGUGGGAAGGCCUUCCGCUGUAAAUCACACCUUAUUGACCAUCAGAGAAUCCAUACUAGAGAGAAACCUUAUGUCUGCAAUGAAUGUGGCAGGGCUUUUGUCUCCAAUUCUAAUCUUAGUCAUCACCAGAGAAUUCAUACUGGAGAGAAGCCAUAUGAAUGUAAUGAAUGUGGGAAGGCUUUCUGUAAGAGAGCAGAUCUUACUCGGCACCAAAGAACACAUACUGGAGAGAAACCUUAUGAAUGCAAUGACUGUGGGAAGACCUUUAGCCAGAAUUCAUACCUUAGAAGACAUCAGAGAAUUCAUACUGGAGAGAAACUUUAUGCAUGUAAUGAAUGUGGAAAGACCUUCCUCUGGUCUCUUGAACUCACUCAACAUCAGAGAAUACAUGCUGGAGAGAAACUUUAUGAAUGCAGUUAACAGGGGAGGACCUGCAUUCAAAAGACAAUACUUAUUCCAUAUUAUAGAAUUCAUACUUGAUAGAAACCUUAUGUAUGUAAUGAAUAAGGAGGAAAGGUGUCUAUGCAGAGCACUAAUCUUAGCACCAGGAAAUUCAUACUUGAGAAAAAUGUACGCUGAAAACCUAUCAGAGCAUGGAUUUUAUGCAUUACUAUGGAAUUUGUACUGGACAAACCUUGUGAGUGUUUUUAAUGUAGGAAUGCCAUCAGUCAGAAACAUAUCCAACCAUAUACAUCACAGGAUUUAUACUGCAGAAAAAAACCUUAUAAAUGCAAUGAAUGUGGAAAGGCCUUUUGAUAUAACUCGUCUUAUUCAUCAUUAAAAUAUUCAUAUGGGAAAGAAAACUAUGAAAGCAGUGAAUUGAGAAGAUUAUUUUCUUGAGAAAAUCUGUUAAUUGGCACCAUCAAAUUCUACAAAGGAGAAAAGUGGUUACUAAAAGAAUAUUAAAAGGUAUUUUCCAGGAACAGAGCUUUUAAAACAUUAAAAAAAAAUUCAGGGGAGAUGGAGUAACAAGAAAAAGUAUAGGCUAAUUCACUCAUUUAGCCUCAACAGUAAUCUAGGAAAUGUACUAUUCUCAUUUUAAUAAAAUUCAAGAAAGUUAUAACAAGUAUUUUUCUAGCUCAGGGAGACUUAGGGAAAAAGUAUUGGGCCGAUAUCUCCAUGAGACAUCAAAAAAUAGCAAAAUGUCAAAAGAUUGCAAAAAAUAGAAAAAAAAAAAAACCUGAGGUAAAUUAUAACAAAAAUAAUGCUCUGGAAACCCCACAAUGGACUGCCUAUAAACAAUGACUUUAAAAGUCUACAUUUUGUAUUUCAGGAAAUCUUAAAACUACCCAGAUCCCUUAGAACCAAAGAGCAAUAUGGAAAUAGAAUCAACUGGUUCCCUACUGAAGAAAGCCCAAAAUGAAAAAUCUUAGGACUUAUUGUAGCCAAAAAUGUAGAGUUCCCAGAUUUAAAAAAUAAAAAUAAAAAUUAGAAAGGGCAAGCAUUCACAAAUAAUUCAAGUAUCAUAAAAUCACAGUGAUAAUGAUACAAUAUUUAGCAGCCAACAGGAAGAAUGUGGAGUAUUUCAUAUUCCAGAAAGCAAACAAUCUAGUAGUGUAUAGCCCAAAAUUACUCACCAUGUAUUUGGGUAGAAAAAUUUGAUCUGCAAACACAGAAGGAGAAGAAAAAAAUAGACAUGGACUGUGCAAUCAUAAUGGACUAAAGUUAGAUUUUUUUACAUUCUUUUAUGGAAAGAUGAUACAUGUAACCCCAAAAGGGAGUCUGAUUUGACCAAGGGUCUAUGAUUGCUUCUAUUAUGUUUUGAUGAUCCUAGAAUGGAAAGUUUGGGAAAAGGAGAGGGAAAAUGCACUACUGAGACUUCUCUAAUUUCUCCACCAUGCUUCUGGAAGCUCAAUACUGGGAAAACAUCUUGCAAAAUUCCAUUAGCCUUGAUAUUCCACUUCAUUUUCCUCUGCCCCCUUGUUUGGAGAAUGGACCCAUGAACUCCAAGAUCUCCCAUUUGAGACAAGGGGAAACUGCUUUGCGGAUGAAGAGGCAAAAUAGGCUGGAGAAGAGGAAGAAGUACAAAGGAAAUGAUGGUGCUAAUUCUGGCAUUUCCACCUCUAAAUUCUCCACCUUCCCUUACCCCAGAAGAGAAGCAGAAUAAAGGCACAAAGCCUUGGUGCUCAGGAGAAUAAAGAGGGGCCCUGGCUCCUCCCUGAUGGCAGAGAGCUACUGACCACAGCGGGUAUGGGCCAUGUGCUCCCACAUUUACAUCGGGGCAGUCACUGGGGUGUCCGAGGCCUGUGUGACGCGGUGCUGACCAUGUUUGUGGCACCAGCUUGUACACGAUAGUAGGCAAUUGGCCAGCAGGUGUCCUGUUGUCAGAGGAUGAAUAGGGCGGCCCAGCGACAAGUCCAGAAAGGAGGAAGGCCCCUAGUAUUGGGACUUUACAAAGCAUGCAGGUGGACUUUACCGAGCUGCCAUCGGUGGGGUAGCGGACCAUCUGACCUCAUGGAUGGAGGCCUCCCCCUCGCCCAGGCAACUGCUCAGCAGUCGUAAAAGACCUCCCUGAGCAUAUAUCAUUCCGAGGUAUGGGCUGGUGGAGCAGGUAGAUUCGGACCAAGGCACCUGUUUCACAGCUAAGAUCCUCCGAUCUGUGGCUCGAGCUCCAGAAAUAUCAUGGAACUUACACACUCCAUGGCCUCCGCCCUCAUCAGGUAAAGUGGAAAGGAUGGAUAAUGACAUUAAACAGCAACUGACUAAAUUGGCUGAGACACAAUCACCCUGGAUCAAGUGCCUUCCCCUUGCCUUAUUAAGAAUUAGAACAAAGCCCUGAAGGGAUGUGGGAUUAUCACCUUAUGAAUUAUUGUACGGUCGCCCUUAUCCAAAAGGGAUUCAAAAUUCCUCCUUGGAUCCAAUAUUUGAGACCAAGGAUCUGUUUUUAAGGAAAUAUAUAUGUUAGGUCUUUACUGCAACAUCUGAAAACUUUACAACUUAAAGGGCUUAUUGCUCAGACUCCUCCCUCAGGAUUCACAGUGCACAAGUUUUAGCUUAGAGACUGGGUCCUGGUUCUCUCCUGGAAGGAGGACAAGCUGACCCUGAGCUGAGACAGGCCCUUCCAGAUCCUGUUGACUUCAGAUACGGCGAUACAUACCAAAGAGAAAGGUUGGACACAUCACACUCGAGUCAAAGGUCCUGUGGAUGUGCCAAAGAAGUGGGCAGUAGAGACUGAUCCAGGAACAUUGAAAGUGCAGCUGAAAUUACAGGAAACUUAGCAAAGACUGAUGAAUUGUGCAUGUAAAAUCUUUUUGACUUGUCUCACUUGGGGAACAAACUUUCUUGUUUGUACUGGAGAUUACAUUUUGUUGAACUGUAUUUUUAGAAAUUAAGGAUAUUAUAUACUAUUAGGAAGAAUAGGGUGUGAACCAAACUCAAAGGGUUGGAGCCUGUGCCUUGUCUAUGCAUGUAUGAUGUUAUGUGGGUACACCUUUUGUACUGGUAUCUUGGGACCAUUAGGGCAUAAAAAUAUCUUUCAAACCCUGAUCCAAACAAUAGCCACUAGCUUUAGAUUGACUGACUGCUGGAUAUAUGGGGGACCUGAUCAACUUACACAGUGGCCUGGGUUCCUGUUCCCUUAUCUCUGGCCUGGACCUUGAGCAACAGGUGAGUGAUACACAACGGAACAGGUUUCUGGUCAGCAGAAGAAAAGCAUCCCUGGACCCUGACCAGUAGAGUUUUAGGGAGAUAUUGCCUGAGUCAGUCUGGUACAGGGCCAUGGAUGGGAGAAAGUGAAUGUACAUGGACGUUGACUUGCGGGCCAGAGAAGGGAGCUGCCAUAGACUGCAGUAAGUACGGGAAUAGAUGGGACCAAACCAGUAUAACUUGUUAUGACAGAUCAGUCGUUUGCUGUAUCCAACGUUCUGAUAGCAGUGAGGGGUGUGCGAGGAAAAUGCCACCUGCCUGUUUAAUCCCUGACCCAGAGGGACCCCAGAUAUGGACAUGUAUGACCUUGAAUAGCACAGCACCAGGUUCAACUUACACUUCGAUGGAAUGGAAGUGGGAGAAUGGAGAAGGCCCCGUCAGGAAAAUGUUUAAUGAUUUCUGGAGCCGUCAGGAUCUAACUGGGGAAAAUGGUUGCACCUGCCAAUGGAUAGUUGAAAGUCAUCUGUGGAGAUGUAAUUCUAAUACAGGAGGAGGUACCUUAGGUCCCUGGGAUAUCAGGUAUUUUCCACCUUCAAGUGGAUCCUUUAUAUUCUGGUAUAAAGAUAAUCCUGCCCUUGAGGGGCGUUAUUGGAUCUGUGGUGAGAGGGCUUAUACCCAUUUACCCAAAAAUGGGUCUGGGGUUUCUUAUAUAGAUAUAAUUAGACCUAAAUUUUUCUCUCUCAUCAAGCGUUGGCGGCAAUUGGGGAUAUGGUUAUACGAAGAUUUGGAAAGGGAAACAUGAAGUACCGACCGCCCCCUAACCCACACUGAUACUUCUUUGACCCAGACAAAUGAUGCCAAUGGGUGGGGAGAUGCCCGGCCUCCAGAGAGAAUCAUAAGAGUACGGACCAGUAACAUGGGCCCAGGACGGUAGCUGGGGGCACCGAACGCCGACAUAUGUGUUAAAUCGGUUGAUUAGGCUGCAGGCAGUCCUUGAGGUAACAACUAACCAAACUGCUCAGGCCCUUGAUCUGUUAGUCACUCAAGCCCCCCAGACAAGAGAAGUGGUUCUAGAACAUAGGUUAGUCUUAGAUUAUCUGUUAGCAGAGGAAGGAGGGGUCUGUGGGAGACAAAACCUGCCCACCUGCUGUAUGCACAUUGAUGACAAAGGACAAGCAGUAAAAGGAAUGACCAAGGGCCCUCGCAGGAUAGUUCAUGUGCCUGUACAGGUCUGGAAACCUCCCUUCCCAAAUGGCUGGUGCUCUCGGUUUGAUGGUGGCUGGUAGAAACAGAUCUUAUGGUAUAGACUUAUUGCAAUCAGGGGUAUUAUUCUGUCCCCGCCAUGUUUGCCCUGUAUAAUUACGUUGGUAACAAGAAUAGUUGAGAGAUCUCUGUCAAGAAUCUUACAGACAGGGGAUGCCAUUAAAAUGAUGAUUUUGUAGAGAGAGGGAUGGGAGGCAGGAGCAGGGGAUGGUCCAGGUGAGGAGAUUAACAAGCAAUGUGUAGGGAUGUUAAUAGAAUUUAACUACAAUGUUAGUUCUUCAUGAGGAAAUAUAUAUAUACAUAUAUAUUUCUGAAUAACGGGGGAUUGUGUGGGGAAAAGGUGAAGAACUUACAGAUGAAGAACAUAUUGAUCAGGGACUGUGAGCUAAAGCCUUAAAGGCCUCAGUUUAGGAAGUAUGUGAUUUCAGAUAAGGCCUGGACUAUAUUCCACUGUCCAAAAGAGGGUCCGUGGUAGGAAGCAUGCCAUUUUUUUCUUUUCUUUUUUUAAUAAUUAUAACUUUUUUAUUGACAGAACCCAUGCCAAGGUAAUUUUUUACAUUAUCUCUUGCACUCGCUUCUGUUCAAUUUUUCCCCUCCCUCCACCCCCUCCCCCAGAUGGCAAGCAGUCCCAUACAUGUUAAAUAUGUCACAAUAUAUCCUAGGUACAAUACAUGUGUGCAGACCCAAACAGUUCUCUUGUUGCACAGGAAGAAUUGUAUUCAGAAGGUAGAAAUAGCCCGGAAAGAAAAAAACAAACAUGCAAACAGUUUACAUUCAUUUCCCAGUGUGUUCUUUGGGUAUAGCUGCUUCUGUCCAUCAUUAAUCAAUUAAAACUGAGUCAGAUUUUCUCUUUGUCAAAGAAAUCAGCUUCCAUCAGAAUACAUCCUCAUACAAUAUCGUUGUUGAAGUGUAUAAUGAUCUCCUGGUUCUGCUCAUUUCACUCAGCAUCAGUUCAUGUAAGUCUCGCCAGUCCUCUCUGUAUUCAUCCUGCUGGUCAUUCCUUACAGAGCAAUAAUAUUCCAUAACAUUCAUAUACCACAAUUUACCCAGCCAUUCUCCAAUUGAUGGGCAUCCAUUCAUUUUCCAGUUUCUGGCCACUACAAACAGGGCUGCCACAAACAUUUUGGCACAUACAGGUCCCUUUCCCUUCUUUAGUAUCUCUUUGGGGUAUAAGCCCAAUAGAAACACUGCUGGAUCAAAGGGUAUGCACAGUGUGAUAACUUUUGAGGCAUAAUUCCAGAGUGCUCUCCAGAAUGCUGGGAUUCGUUCACAACUCCACCAACAAUGCAUCAGUGUCCCCGUUUUCCCGCAUCCCCUCCAACAUUCAUCAUUAUUUUUUCCUGUCAUCUUAGCCAGUCUGACAGGUGUGUAGUGGUAUCUCAGAGUUGCCUUAAUUUGCAUUUCUCUGAUCAAUAGUGAUUUGGAGCAUUCUUUCAUAUGAGUGGAAAUAGUUUCAAUUUCAUCAUCUGAAAAAUGUUCAUAUCCUUUGACCAUUUAUCAAUUGGAGAAUGGCUUGAUUUCUUAUAAAUUAGAGUCAAUUCUCUAUAUAUUUUGGAAAUGAGGCCUUUAUCAGAACCUUUAACUGUGAAGAUGUUUUCCCAGUUUGUGAAGCAUGCCAUUUUAGAUAAGGUCUGGAUUGUAUUCCAUUGUUCAAGGAAGGACACUGGUGGGAAAGCUAUACAUCUACUACAUUCCACUGACCAAAUAGGGGAAUAGACUUAUGUGACCAAUCACACCAUAUAAAGGGUGUCAUUUUGGAGGCUCUUUGUUUGAAAUGUAUAAAUAUUGUGAACACUUUCAAGGAAGUGGAUUUCUCCUGUUGUGAAUUUGGCUCACAGACCAGGAUGGGGUCCGCUUCUCGAGAUUCUAAUAAAUAAUUCUUUCUAUAAGUGA